UGCGCAUACACGUUCGUUGGGUUUUUCAUGUGUUUCCUCGAUCCAUCCCGUAGGAGAGCCUCAAGCAUCCUCUGGUUCUCUGAUCACAGUCAAUUGUUUCUCCUGAUCACCUAGAGAAAAUGGGUUCAGAAAUCAACUGAGCAUGAGUUUCUGGAUCUAAAGCAGCCCUAGUUCCUUCGGAUCCAGGGACACAGUCUCCUCCCUUAACCCCCCAAAAAGAAGGCAGGAGUGGGCGGUGCAUUGUGAAGAGCUAGGAUGCCAUCACUGGAAUCCAAUGACUCAGAAACAGCCACAAUGGCAUUGGGGCUUCUUCCGUUGGCCAGUGCUGCUCAGCAGCCUUAUGUCUCCGAGCUCCUCUCCUUCACUCUCGAUCGUCUCCACAAGGAGCCUGAGCUACUGAGGGUGGAUGCUGAGCGUAUAAGGAGGCAGAUGCAAGAAGUGGCUGUCUCCAAUUAUAGGGCUUUCAUUGCUGCAGCUGAUGCUUUGCAGUCCAUUCGCUCAGAAGUGAGCUCCAUGGAUAACCAUCUCGAAUCUCUGAUUUCAGAGAUUCCUAAGCUCACAGCUGGUUGCACAGAAUUUAUUGACUCUGCUGAGCAAAUACUGAGGAAGAGAAAGCUGAAUCGAACGUUACUUGCAAAUCAUAGUACUCUACUUGACUUGCUUGAGAUUCCUCAAUUAAUGGACACAUGUGUACGAAAUGGUAAUUAUGAUGAAGCCCUUGACUUGGAGGCGUUUGUAACCAAGCUUUCAACAAUGCAUCCAAGGUUGCCUGUUAUUCAAUCGUUAGCAGAGGAGGUUAGUCAGACUACCCAAUCAAUGCUUUCUCAACUUCUCCAGAGACUUCGUUCAAAUAUCCAGUUGCCUGAAUGCCUUCGUAUCAUUGGAUAUCUACGCCGCAUAGGGGUAUUCACUGAGUCUGAAAUGCGUCUACAGUUUCUGAGAUGCCGAGAGGCGUGGCUUGUGGGAAUUAUAGAUGACUUGGACCAGAGAAAUGUUUAUGAAUACUUAAAAGGCAUGGUGAACUGCCACAGGAUGCAUCUUUUUGAUGUUGUUAAUCAAUACCGAGCCAUAUUUGCAGACGACACAUCUGGUAGUGAAGAGAAUUACGAUGGUGGACUUCUCUUUAGCUGGGCUAUGCAUCAAAUAGAAUCACAUUUGAAUGCUCUUAAGUCCAUUUUACCUAAGAUUUCAGAUGGUGGAUCCUUAUCAAAUAUCCUUGACUUGUGCAUGUAUUGUGCUAUGGGUCUUGGAUGGGCUGGUCUGGAUUUCCGAGGCUUACUCCCUCCACUUUUUGAAGAAGCAGUACAUAAUCUAUUCUCAAAAAAUAUGAGUACGGCAGUUGAAAAUUUUCAGAUUGUCUUGGAUUCACACCGUUGGGUUCCACUGCCACCUGUGGGUAUUACAACCCGAGUUGGUAAUGAUGAAAGUCAUGAUGAUGUGACUCCACCGUCUUCUUUAAUGGAACAUCCACCUAUUGCCGUAUUUGUAAACGGUGUAUCAGCAGCCUUGAACGAGCUACGGCCAUGUGCACCUUUAAGCUUAAAACAUGCUCUUGCUCAAGAAGUCGUGAGAGCUCUACAGGCUGUCUCAGAUUCCCUGACGAGGUAUAAUGCCACUCGCAUGCUUAGAGAGAACGAAUCCACUCUUUUUCUUUCACUCUGCCGCACUUUCAUUGAGGUUGUGUGCCCAUACUGUGUUAUGUGUUUCGGUCGAUGUUAUCCUGGUGGAGCUGCAAUUAUAGAUUUCAAGGAUUCAUUUGCUGGACUUCGCCGUCUCCUUGCCUCUGCUCCCUCACCUAUAGUAAGGGGACUCCCUCCUAGGUCCGUUGAUAUCCCUAAUGUAAGCACUGAAGGAAAUCUUGCAACUCAAAAUGGGGACGCAUCUCCUCGAGUGGACAAAGUUUCAGAAGAAACAUAUGUUAGCUCUUCAAAUCAAAAUCAAGGUGAGUCGGGACAGUCUUCCUCACCAGAAGCACCUAGCAGGCUGCAACAAGACUUGUAACUUCCAUUCUUUGAAACACUUACCUGAAGAAAUUAUUUGGGGGAACCCUCUAAGAAUUCAUUUGAAAUGACAAGAUUUGGUUGGUUCAUUGAUGUUACACACUCAAAAGGUGUAUUUUGUUUCAUUUUGUAGAAGAAAUGUAUGUCUAUAUUGUGAGACACCUAUUUGCUACGACUGUCAAGAAUUCGGUGUCGAAUUUAUAGGUAUUUGUCUUCUGAGGAAGUACGCUAAUGUGUCUGCUGCCAGAUCCAUUCAUAGUAGUUGAGCAAAGUCCAUUAUUCGCUUUAUUUGGCCCCUUACACUGGAUGUUGUGAGCUGCCGUAUUGUACUUCAAGUAAUCUGUUAUUCCUUUC